UCCGUGCUCGGGGGCAGCUGGCACUGAGCACCACCAUGGACAGAAGCCGGGUGGGCAGCCCCGCGUGUCUGCUCCCGGCUCUGCUCCUGCUCGCGGUCCCAGGCGGCCUGUCCAUCUACGGCCCGCAGGGCGUGAGCGGCCCAGCAGGGGGUCUGGUGACCAUCAGGUGUCGCUACGGCUUGGGGUGGGAGGACUACGUGAAGUGGUGGUGCCGCGGGCAGCACUGGGGUUCUUGCAACAUCCUGGUUAGCACCGACCGGUCGGAGCAAAAGAUGAAGACAGGCCGAGUGAGCAUCCAGGACGACCAGGCACGGCUCGAGGUGAAAGUGACCAUGGAGCAGCUGAGGACUGAGGACGAGGACUUCUACUGGUGUGGGAUUCAGAAGUCAGGAACUGACCUGGGGCACCUGGUCCACGUGUCCGUUUAUGCAGCAUCAACCCACCCGCCAGAACCUGAGGGGAGAUUCACCACGCCAGCGGUGACACACACAACCCCACCCGUGACCACGGACGCCACCACACCUGGGAUGACAGAAGCACUUUCUCUUGAAAGUGCAGAGGCCCCAGAAGCUAACACCAGUGCGGUUCCCGAGCCCCCCGACACCUGGAGUGCCAACAACAGCAGCCUGCCUCUGUCCGGCCCCCUCACCCGGGCCCUGGUCUGCAACAUGCACUUCCUGCUCCUGACCUUCAUGAAGGUGCCCCUGCUCGGGGGCCUGCUGUGCGCCGUGAUGUGGCUGAACAGGAGUCGGGGGGACUUCAGAGGGGAGUAAAGUCAGCCUGGGCAGGAGGAGACCCCAGCCCCGCGCCUUCUGUGCUGGGGCGGGGCCCAGCCUGACCUCUUCCUGGGAGCGGGAAGUGACUGUGUCCAAAAGGAGAGUCGAGGGUCCCUGCUGAGGUGAGGGGCCCCCAUGCUGGCCUCAAGAACAUGCUCUGGACCCCUUCCUGCUCAGGGCAGCGGGGCCCCCAAUGGGCCCUCUCUGUCGCCUGCAGCCUCCACCCCAGGACCAGAGCCAGGGAGGGCGGGGGUGCCCCCUCACACAGGGUCCUCAGGCGCCAGCAGUCUUGGGACUGAGACUGUCCUCGGGCUUGAAGCGCAGGAGAACUUGUCUGGCUUUCUCUUUGAGAGCCGCUUUGGGACAGCAGAACCUGGCCCGCACCGCACUUGAUGCAACCUGCGCUGAACAGGAGCAACUAACUUGGCCCGAGCGCCAAGGCCCCCAGCCACAGUGCCCAAAACUUGUGCAACCUCAUUCCCUUCUUCAUCAGGGAGGUAGAUUUGAGUUUCUCUCCCACCUUUUGUCAGUCAGUUAACAAUAGAGCUCCUUCCCUGCCCAGAAGCUCUGGGGUUGGGGCUCCCCGGUGGCCUAGGGGUGAAGUCUCAGAGCUAUCACCGCUGCGGCCAGAGUUCGAUCCCUGGCCAGGGAGCUGACCCACAUGACACAGCAGACCUCUCCUGUCUCCCCACUGCUCCCCUCAGCAGAGUAUUUCAGUGGAUCUGCCUGUUCUGCUCGCCACUUUCUUUCUGGUGAAUCCUCUCCCAGCCCCGCAGCCCAGCAGCCCACACCUGUGGCGUACACCCCAGUUCUU